UCAUUCGCAAAAGAAGUCUAAGAAGGCACUGACGUGCCAUCGUAAAUAAAUGCUUUCUUUAUUAAAACAUUCGACAAAUUAUCCUCAACAUGGCGACCGUGACCAGUCCUUUUAAGGACUAACCGGAUCAACAAAAACAACAAGAACAACAAUAUGAUCAUCAACCGCAACAUUGUCAGCACAAGCAAUAGCAGCAGCAGCAACAACAACCACAACAGCAACAACAACAACAUCAGCAACAACAGCAGCAGCAGGCCCAGAAGUACAGCAGCAACGUCGACGAGGACAACAAGUAGCCGCGCACAUCCAGCGAGAAGGCCAAGAAUGUCAACAGCCGCAUGCUGGCGGCAUAAUACAUCCGCAUCACAUCCGCAUGUGACACAGGAGACACAGCAGCAACAUCAACUGAUACCACCAAAAAAGGAAAUCAAAACAAAACCGGAAGAUACAUGCCCUGCUGACUGCGCUGGACCACUGGAGACGCCUCACUGCGUAUACACAUGUAUGAAAAGGACCAGCACCGGCGCCCCAACAGCCUGUGCGGAACCAGCACCGGCGCCCCAACAGACCAAGUACUAUAGGGCCGGCAGCGCUACAUAGAGCGCGCAACAUAUUUCUAUAUAUAUAU